AUGUUUACACUUCUGCAUCAAUGUUUUGACUUUUGCAUCUAUGUUUGGACUUGUGCAUCAAUGUUGACACUUUUGCAUCAAUGUUUGGACUUUUGCAUCAAUGUUUGGACUUGUGCAUCAAUGUUUGGACUUGUGCAUCAAUGUUUACACUUGUGCAUCAAUGUUUUGACUUGUGCAUCAAUGUUUAGACUUCUACAUCAAUGUUUAGACUUCUAUAUCAAUGUUUGGACUUCUAUAUCAAUGUUUGGACUUGUGCAUCAAUGUUUACACUUGUGCAUCAAUGUUUUGACUUCUGCGUCAAUGUUUUGA